AUGAAAAAAGACCAUUCUCUAACCAACUGCAACAUCCGCUCACAGGCGUCGGUGACGACGACUUCAACAACGCCAAGUCACGGCAAGUCAGACGGUGUUCUCAAGAUCAUCCUCAUUGGCAGUUCAGGUGUGGGUAAGACGAGUCUUCUUCAGCGAUUCACGGAUGACAGCUUCAGUGAGAAUGGCAAGCCCACAAUAGGAGUGGAUUUUGAGAUUAAAACUGUGCAAGUUCAAGGCCGGCAAGUGACGCUUCAGAUGUGGGACACGGCAGGGCAGGAGAAGUUCAAGAAUGUCGUAGCCCCUUUUUACCGCAACGCCGACGGAGUUAUCUUGGUUUACAACAUUACCAACAUGGAUAGUUUUAGCGACAUUCAGAGCUGGUUUACGGAAGUUCAGCGUUAUAACACGCGCUGCUCUCUGGGACUCCUUGUUGGCAACAAGCAUGACCUGAUGUUCCGCAGAGUUUUAGACCCUCAGAUGGCUAUAGCUCUCGCCAACAGACUCGGGAUGUCGUACUUAGAGACCAGCGCCAAGCACUCCACUAACGUCUGCGAACUAUUUAACGCCAUGGCGGAGUUCUUGCUGCAAAACAGAGCGGAAACUGAGCCAGCAUCUCCUGCUGCCGGUGCGGCGGCAGAUACAGUCAACAUUCAGCCCAGAAAGCAGCAUAAAUCCUGUUCCCAAAGGACAUGCCUCUUGGCCUAA